AUGCAGGAGCUGUUCGACACGGCGCUCGCCAUCAAACAGAACAUCUACGGCAAUCGAAUCGUGCUGUUCGCGCCGCUGUACCUGGCCAACUACUGCGUCAAUUCGUGCACCUACUGCGCCUUCCGGGGCGCCAACACCCACAUCGCCCGAAGCGCCCUCACCAAAGAGGAACUCAUCCAAGAAGUGCAAGUGCUGGAGAAGCAGGGCCACCGGCGCCUGCUUAUCUUGACUGGCGAGCACCCCAAGUACACCUUCGACCAGUUCCUCGACGCCCUGCACACCGUCAAGAACGUCAAGACAGACCCGUGCGGCGACAUCAGGCGCAUCAACGUGGAGAUCCCGGCGCUGUCGGUGUCCGACUUCCGGCGGCUGAAGGCGACCGACUGCGUCGGCACCUACACGCUCUUCCAGGAGACCUACCACCGCGAGAGCUUCCGGCGGUUCCACCCGAGCGGACCCAAGUCCGACUACGAGCACCGGCUGCAGACCAUGGACCGCGCCCAGAUCGCGGGCAUCGACGACGUGGGCAUCGGCGCCCUGUUCGGCCUCCACGACUACCGCUUCGAGGUCAUGGGCCUCCUCAUGCACGCCCAGCACCUCGAGUCCACCUUUGGCGCCGGCCCGCACACGAUCUCGAUCCCGCGCAUGCGGCCGGCCGACCACGCGCCCGACGCGAUUCGACCGCCGGCGCCGGUGGACGACGAGGACUUCAAGAAGCUGGUGGCGAUCCUGCGCUGCGCGGUGCCCUACACAGGGAUGAUCCUGUCAACGCGCGAGUCGGCAGAGAUGCGGCGGGAGCUGCUCAACCUGGGCGUUAGCCAGAUGUCGGCUGGCAGCAAGACCGAGGUCGGUUCGUACCACAAGGGCGACGUGGGCGCCGAGGCCAAGAUCAAGCAGCAGUUCGAAGCCGAGGACCAGAAGGAGAAGAAGGAAAAGAAGGAGUCGGGCCAGUUCGAGCUGGCGGAUGAGCGGAGCACGGAGGACGUGGUGAAGGACCUCAUGCAGAUGGGCUUCCUGCCGUCGUGGUGCACGGCCUGCUACCGACUGGGCCGCACGGGCGAGGCCUUCAUGAAGAUCGCCAAGAAGGGCGACAUCCAGAACUUCUGCCACCCCAACUCGCUCCUCACCCUCCAAGAGUACCUGAAGGACUACGCGUCGGAAGAUACGAAGACGCUGGGCGAGGCUGUGAUCGCGCGUGAACGAGAGACGAUCUCCGCGCGGGCCAAGAAGGCGCUGGACAAGAAGCUCAAGCGAAUUGACGCCGGCGAACGCGAUCUCUAUUUCUGA